AUGGAAAGUCGUGUAAUAAAAGACAUUAUGAGUCUCCCAAUUGCCGAGAAGAGUUCAGAGCCCAAAGGAAAAGGAUCAAGAGAGUGUCGGUCCUGUUCAAACCACCGAGGACUAAUUAGAACGUAUAACUUAUACAUGUGCAGGAGGUGCUUCCGGGAGUAUGCUUUGGAUAUUGGCUUUAAGAAAGUUAACUAA